CAGAGAUGUGCCACGUGUACAAAAUGAAUUCGUUAGACAUGGAUCAAGAAACGGUAUAUGGGACACAAGAGGAUAGUCAUGUUGUCAUGUCAGAGAAAGUACAAUCUCUGGCUGGCAGCAUCUAUCAGGAAUUUGAAAAAAUGAUAGCUCGGUAUGAUGAAGAUGUGGUCAAAGACCUAAUGCCCCUCCUAGUCAAUGUUCUAGAAUGUCUAGACAUAUCUUAUACUGAAAAUCAAGAACGUGAAGUUGAAUUAGAAUUAUUAAGGGAUGACAAUGAACAACUUGUUACACAAUAUGAAAGGGAAAAGCAAUUAAGGAAAGCAUCUGAUCAGAAAUUGCUCGAGCUUGAAGAUGUAGCAGAAGAUGAAAGAAAAGAACUAUUAUCAAAUAUUGAUAGCUUGGAAUCAAUUGUAAGGAUGCUGGAACUGAAGACAAAGAACUCACAUGAUCACGGUACAAAUGCUAAUGGCUCUCUCAGUUCAUCCCUUCACAGAACAUCCCUCUACAUUGUUCGUCUUGAAGAAAAAGAGGCCGAACUGAAACGUGAAUACGCUCGUCUGCAUGAAAGAUACACGAAACUAUUUACAACGCAUGUAGAUUAUAUGGAAAGAACAAAGAUGUUAGUGGGAAGUUCAGAAAGAUUAGAAAAUACAAAUAGUGGUCGUGGUCCAUCGCGUUUGCCACCCCUUGGUCUAGCUCAUAUGUCUCGUAGUUCUGGACCAUUAAGUUAUGGUUUUCAGAGCUUAGAAACUAGUAUGAAUGCAGAAGAUGUUCAAAAUGAUAGUCCACAAAAUGGUACUAAUUUAAGGACUGAAAUGCAGGACAGUAGCAUUGAAGCUGUUAUUGAAACAUCUGAUAAAAGUCAAUUAACGGAUAAACCAGCACAAGAAAAUAAAACAACAGCAAUUUCGAGACAUGAGAGUCCAGAAACUGAUGUACCGCUACCUUUGGUUACACCAACAUCGCCAUCAGUAGAAAAACUAGCUACUACUCCAAGUGGAAGAACUAAAACGGAAAGAGAACAACGAAGUGGCAAUACAUUAUACCAGGAACUUAGUUUUCAAGAUGCUGAUGCUUUAGGUGAAAUGGAUGAAAGAGCAGAUAUUACUGGUAGUUGGGUUCAUCCCGGAGAAUAUGCCUCGUCGGUCAAUGACAACUUUUUUGGAAUGGGUAAAGAAGUGGAGAACCUUAUCAUGGAAAACAAUGAACUUUUGGCGACAAAGAAUGCACUCAAUAUCGUUAAAGAUGAUUUAAUUGUCAAAGUGGAUGAACUAACAAGCGAACAAGAAAUGUUACGCGAAGAAGUUCGAGGUCUGCAACAAGCUAGGAAGCGUUUACGGCAAAAGGUCACUACUCUCGAAGAAGAAUUGAAAAAAGUUAAAGAAGAUGCUGAGGCAGCAGCAAAAGCAGCCAAGUUUGACGAUGAAGAAGAUGUACCGUUAUCACAAAGAAAAAGGUUUACCAGGGUCGAGAUGGCUAGAGUGCUUAUGGAGAGAAAUCAGUACAAGGAACGAUUCAUGGAACUUCAGGAAGCAGUUAGAUGGACAGAAAUGAUAAGAGCCAGCAAGACUGAUCCUUCCAGUAUAUCAGGGGGAAAAGGUUCGGUGUGGAAGUUUUUUAGUAACCUCUUCACAGGACCAGCGGAUCGGGGAGCCUUGGUUCGAGGACCGCACACGUUACCUCAUAUUAGGUACAGUGCACCAACAAAUCAAGUUGUCCCAGCUCCACCACUGGACACCAUGCGUAGACGUACGUUGAAAGGUCGCCAUGAGUUUUUCGACCAGGGAGACACCAUAACUUCUGAGAAACUCGUAGCGAGACGUGCGAGUGAACGAAGGGAGCAAUAUCGCCAAGUUCGAGCUCAUGUUAAAAAAGAGGAUGGUCGAUUGCAGGCUUACGGCUGGAGUUUACCUGGAAAACCAAGUGCUCCAGUUAGACACCCCGUUCCUGUGCCAGUCUAUUGCAGUCCUUUACAGGGAUCGAAACCUGGCAUGAAGAUAUGGUGUGGUGCUGGAGUAAAUCUAAGUGGUGGUAAAACGCGUGAUGGUGGUUGUAUGGUUGGUGGAAGUGUGUUUUAUGCUGCCGAAGCUCGGGAAGUAAGUACCAAUUCGAAAACUGAAGCCGAGGAUGCUGUUGAACAUUUGGAUAAGGAGCUUCAGGAGAACGAAAACCAGAGGAUAGAGGCGGAACAGUUAGAGCAACAGCUUAGCUCGUUAGUUUGGAUCUGUACGUCGACACAGAAGGUGUCGAAAGUAAUAGUUAUAGAUGCUAAUAAUCCAGCCAGUAUUUUGGAAGUCUUUAACAUUGGUCAAGGAAAUUUACUUUGCAUCGCAAGUGUACCUGGAGCCAAAGAGAGUGAUUACGCUCAAGUAAUAGAGGAUUCUGUUCGAACUGCCAACGGAGUAAGCGAGAACGAUAGCAACGAAGUGAAUACGAACGGAAACACUGAACAGAACAAUCAGAAGAACAAGCAGGAAAAUCAAGUUUCAACUGAGAAGAAUAAAAAUGAGUCAGACGGUGCUUCGGAAGAACAGAAUAAUGAAAAGGCUGAAAAAUCGAACGACACUAAUCAGAAUACUACCGAGUCACAAAGUUUGGAGAGUGUAGAUAGUGAAACUGCAAAUUUAGGAAAAGUAAUUUUUAUGAGAGCUAAUUUAGAGAUACCAGCCUCACGAUUAAACGAGAAAGAUGAUGCUAAUGAGGAAAAAGAGAGCGACAAGGUUGAAGAAGAUACGCUUACAGAAAAAAUGUCUUUGAUACAACCCACUAUGUGGCUUGGAGCACAAAAUGGUACAGUGUUUAUUCAUUCAGCUGUUGCUAAAUGGUCAGUUUGUCUGCAAUCUGUUAAAUUGAAGGAUGCUGCACUGGCUAUUGUACACAUACAAGGACGAGUUCUUGUUGCUCUAGCCGAUGGAACUGUUGUUUUAUUCAGAAGAGGUGCAGACGGGCAAUGGGAUCUGUCUCAAUAUCAUGUGAUUACCUUGGGUAGUCCACAAUAUUCUAUCAGGUGCAUGACUGCUGUUAGUGGCAAAACUGUAUGGUGCGGAUAUAGAAAUAAGAUUCACGUAAUAGAUCCAGUCUCAAUGGCUGUCGAGUGUACCGUAGAUGCUCAUCCACGUCGAGAGUCACAAGUGAGACAAUUAGCUUGGUUGGGAGAAGGUGUAUGGGUCAGCAUUAGAUUAGAUUCAACAUUAAGGCUCUAUCAUGCUCACACUUAUCAACAUCUUCAAGAUGUCGACAUUGAACCUUACGUUAGUAAAAUGCUUGGGACUGGAAAACUUGGCUUCUCUUUCGUAAGAAUUACCGCGUUACUCAUUUCCUCCAAUAGGCUGUGGAUCGGCACAGGAAAUGGAGUAAUUAUUUCAGUUCCUUUAUCUGAAAGUGCUGGUGGUUCAAUGGCUGUGUCCAGAGUUCAAGCAGCAAGUAGUAAAGGUGAUGCACCGGGUAUGGGUGUUAGAAUUUUCGCCUCUGACCGUGGUGUUACCCGUGGCAGUUUUAUACCUUACUGCAGUAUGGCUCAUGCUCAACUUAGCUUCCAUGGACAUAGAGAUUCGGUGAAAAUGUUCGUUGCUGUGCCUGGUCAUGGUGGCCAAAGCGCGGCGUCAGAUAGUUCUCAACCGGCGAUGCUUGUUCUUGCAGGAGGAGAAGGUUACAUAGAUUUCAGAUGUGGUGAUGCAGAAGACACGGAAGAAGGUAUAGAACAAUCGAAUAGUGACCAUCCAAUAACGAACACUGAAGAACAAGGAGAACAGAGUCAUCUAAUCGUAUGGCAAGUGCAAUGUCCUCUAUCAGUGCCAAUGAAUGGCUAGCCUAGAAAUUCAGGAAACAUGUUGAUCCCGGUGUAUGGUUCACCUUGAACUUCUGCACACGAAACAAAGGUCUGAACGGUUCCCGUGAAUACGCUGUCGAGGCAUCGAUAUGUCAGACUUAUCUUCUGGUCAAGUGAAUGCUGUAUCUAUUUAAUUAUACUUGUAUAACGGUUGUAGCGAUGUAUGCAAACGACUCCAUAAAUAAUGUAACAGCGAGAGAAAAGGGAGAUUAUCGUGCGACUUAUAAGAAUACUAGGGAUUAUUCUUGGUACAUCAU